UCAUGAUCAUCUUACUCCUUCAAACUUUGACGAGAAACAUUGCCACCGUGGAGCGGUGCCAGCGCCUGCGGUGACCGCAUCCUCUCCCGGGGAAGAAGGACAACAGCUGCGUCAAGAUGGACUGUCAGAAAGUCCUCACCUACCUGCGGAUAUUUGGGACAGCUAUGUUCGGCGUGUCCCUUCUGGUGGGCAUCUCCACAGCCUACAUCAUGGGCUACCAGUUCUUCACCACAGCUCGCAACCACCUGUCCUUCGGCCUGUACGGCGCCAUAUUGGUCGUCCAUCUCAUAAUCCAAAGCCUCUUUGCACUCUUGGAGCACCGGAACAUGCGGCGUUCAUUGGAAACGCCCAUUAAAUUGAACAAAUCCUUGGCGCUUUGUAUCGCUGCUUAUCAAGAAGACCCAAACUACCUGAGGAAAUGCCUGGUGUCUGUGAAGAGACUGACGUAUCCGGGGAUCAAGGUGAUCAUGGUGAUCGACGGGAACUCCAGCGAUGACCUGUACAUGUUGGACAUUUUCAAAGAGGUCAUGGGAUGGGAUAAAGCCGCCUCGUACGUGUGGAAGAGUAACUAUCACAGCAGAGGACCGGACGAGACGGACGAGAGCUACGCUGAGAGCGUCAAGCAAGUGUCCAGGCUGGUGCUCAACAACAAGUGUUUGUGCAUCAUGCAGAAGUGGGGAGGGAAAAGAGAAGUCAUGUACACAGCUUUUAAGGCGCUGGGGCGAACAGUAGACUAUGUGCAGGUAUGUGAUUCUGACACCAUGCUGGACCCAGCAUCAUCAGUGGAGAUGGUCAAAGUGUUAGAAGAAGACCCCAUGGUUGGGGGUGUUGGAGGAGACGUUCAGAUCCUCAACAAAUACGAGUCCUGGAUCUCCUUCCUGAGCAGCGUCCGGUACUGGAUGGCCUUUAACAUCGAGAGGGCGUGCCAGUCCUACUUUGGCUGCGUCCAGUGCAUCAGUGGGCCCUUAGGAAUGUACCGAAACUCUCUCCUCCACGAGUUCCUGGAGGACUGGUACAAUCAAACCUUCAUGGGAUCCCACUGCAGUUUCGGCGAUGACCGCCACUUGACGAACAGAGUUCUUAGCCUUGGCUAUGCGACUAAAUACACUGCACGGUCAAAGUGCCUUACAGAGACGCCGAUCACCUACUUGAGGUGGUUGAACCAGCAGACUAGAUGGAGUAAGUCCUAUUUCAGAGAGUGGCUCUACAACUCCAUGUGGUUCCAUAAACACCAUCUAUGGAUGACCUACGAGGCUGUGAUCACAGGCUUUUUCCCUUUUUUUCUCAUUGCCACUGCCAUCCAACUCUUCUACCAAGGACGACUGUGGAAUAUUCUCCUGUUUCUGCUGAUAGUUCAGGCAGUGGCACUGAUCAAGUCUUCCUUUGCCAGCUGCCUCAGAGGAAACAUUGUCAUGGUCUUCAUGUCUUUCUAUUCCGUACUCUACAUGUCCAGUCUGUUGCCGGCCAAAAUGUUUGCUAUCGCAACAAUCAACAAAUCUGGAUGGGGAACUUCUGGGAGGAAAACUAUCGUGGUGAACUUUAUCGGUUUGAUUCCGAUAUCAGUUUGGUUCACCAUCCUCUUCAUCGGGAUCAUCUACACGGUCAUUCUCCAGACUAAAAAGCCCUUUCCAGACUCAGAAAAGAUCGUUCUGGUUAUCGGGGCCGUCGUCUAUGCAAGUUACUGGGUGAUCCUCUUGACUCUGUACGCAGUACUCAUAAAUAAAUGCGGCAAGAGAAAAAAGGAAACACACUACGACAUGGUGCUGGAUGUAUGACCUCAGCAGUCAUCACUUUUUUUUUUGUUGUUUACACUCACAACGUUUUGGAGCAUCUGUGGAGCGGGAUCUGGUUGAGUUUUGCCAAAAUGAGCAAAAUAAUUCCGUUUAGUUUGAUGACGUAUGUCGGAAGGAUGGACAGUUGGAACAUGCUAGCGAACCAUUAGAUGUACUAAACCGACCAUGAGCUUGAAUAUUAGCUAAUCAAGGCGAAACUUUGACCACUUGUUGCGGUUAGCAACGAGCGUGCUAGUCUUGUAAUAUUAGCUACCUCUUACAUGGGUCAUGUUCACUGGCUUCACUGAUGAUUACAGCAAACUGUAGAGCGUUGUUUAUGAGGUUUGACUCAACCAGUCUGAACUAUUCAACUCCAGAUUAUAGACUGGAGGCAGGUCGCUUCACAUUGGAGGAAAGGAACCGCGACAAAGAAUGGAGCUAAGACAGCCAUCAGCACAUACACAUUUCAGAGUACAGUCUGACUUUCAACCUAAAGUUUUUGGAAUAUUUUGGUUUCAAGCGACACAACGGAACGACCUAUGAAAUGGACAGCUGCUCUUUUGUUGCGUUCAAGUCAUAUGGGAAAAUACAGCACAAACCUUUCCCUAUCAACCAUGUGUUUUGAAACAUAUCAGCUUAAAAUGUAUGACAUAAAAAGCCACUUCCGUGUCUAGAUGUACGGCUUGAGUUAAAAAAGAAGAAGUUGAUUUGCUCGUAAAAACAAAUCCAAAUGCACAUUAUUGAAUGUGAAAACAGAGAGCUUGAAUGUCUUACUAGGAUGU